AACUUGCAAAAUUUAAUUAAGUCCUCAGAAAUGUUAGGGGUAAUCUCAAAAACAAUAACAAGAAAAAACAAAACAAAAUUCACCCUAUAUAAAAAUAAAUAAAUACAAUAAACCUCGUAAAAAUAACAAACAAACCAUUUGAUUAAAACAAAGACAAGAAGACUAUUUUAGAAAAAUGCCUAAAAUGGAACACAAAAACAAGGCCAACAACAAUUUCCCAAAAGGCUUCAACUUCACCAAGAAAAUAGCCCAAAAGCAGCGGUCAACCAUUGGCGUCCACAGGCCAUCCGCUCCUCUCUCUACAAUCAAACAAAUUCAUUACGCAUUUAAAAACACCCCAUUUAUCCACACUUCACAAAUCAUCUUCAAGAACAAAAGAACUCAGACUCCCAUUUUCAAGCAAAAGAGUUGAACAAUGAAACCCAUUUCAAUUGUCAUGGUUGUCUUAGUUCUUUCACUUUGCCAGUUCCAAAUACUUUCCCAAACUCCACAAACUCCAUCAACUUCUGGAGGCAAUGAUCUCAUCACCAAAACCUGCAGCAGCACCCCUUACAAUGAUAUGUGCAAAUCAAUCUUACUAUCAUCUCCUAACAGCAAUGGAGCAGAUCUCUAUGGCCUAGCACAAAUUGUAAUACAAAUUGCAGCAGAGAAUGUUAGCAACAUAUAUGAAAGCAUAAACCAAUUACAAAAUGGUACAUCGGUAGACAGUUUCUUGGAUGACUGUUUGACAGAUUGCUUGGAGAGCUAUCAGGAUGCCAUUGAUCAAAUUGAAGAUUCAGUAACAGCAUUGGAAUUCAAAGCCUAUAAUGAUGUUAAGACAUGGGUUUCAGCUGCCAUGAGUGAUGCAGCUACAUGUGAUAUGGGGUUCAAAGAAAAACCAGGCUAUCAAUCUCCGAUUGCACAAAUGACUGCAGUUUUUGAUCAGAUUUGCAACAUUAUCUUGUCCAUGACUCAACUCUUAAGUGAAGAGAAGAUUAACUAACGUCACCAGCUAAGCAGUUUGGUUGUUUUGUUUGGCUCUUAAAAUAAGAGCCUUAUUUCACUUUGAAGUUGCAUACAAUAUAUGAUUAUGUAAACAAGAUCCCCAUGAUGGCAAGAGAUCAGAUAAACAUCAUCAUGAAAAGGAUUUCAGAAUCCAAACAUAAUAAUUUCUUAUAGUGAAUAUUAAAUACAUACCUCUGGAUCUUCAGUUUCAAAACAAAUCGAGAAAGCUUCAUAUAUUGAAUACAAUGUGAAAAACAAGAAACCAUCAGAACUUAACCAUUUACAGAAAGAAUCGAAAUAAAAUCCCAUCCAUUGAACGAUUUCUAUGAACUCUAAUGAAUUGAACCAACAAAUUAACAUCAGCAGAGGAAUUCAGAUCCCUUAAAAGGGGGGAAAACAAUCGAUUCCUCCUGUAAAACCCAAUUCACGCCUAGGAACACAUCGAUUUAAAUUUAUAUAAACUAAGUCGGAUACUAGAUUAAAACCAAGAAAUCAUGGGAGAUUAACCAUUUAAAGAAACAAUCAACGGAAAAUAGCAAAGUUAAUCAUGCUUACAGAUAGGAAUUCACG